AUGUCUGGUACUUUUGAGCUUUCAGGGUCUCUAAACAGACUAAUCAGCCUGGUACGAACCAAGGUAGAUGAAGUACUCCUCAACACCAUGAUCAGGUUCUAUGACCCUCUCCUUCACUGCUUUACUUACAGAGACUUUCAGCUGGUUCCUACUUUAGAAGAAUUUGAGUCUAUACUAGGAUUACCAGUACUUAAUCAGAUUCCCUAUACCGGCGAAGAAGAGGCCCCUAAGCUAGAGGAUGUUGCUGCUGCGUUGCAUUUACCUCGAUCAGAAAUAAAAAAGGUUUGGGUGAGCAAAGGAGAGUAUUCUGGUUUACCUAUUGACUUCUUGUAUGGUCAAGCUGAAAUCCUGAUUAAGGCUACAAGUAUGGAUGCACUUGAAAGGGUCCUCGCUCUUUUGAUUUAUGGGCAGAUUUUAUUCCCGCGUUAUGAUAAAAUUGUUGAUAUGAUUGCUAUUAAGAUUUUCAUCAGUAAUAACCCCGUUCCUACUUUAUUGGGUGACUUGUUGCAUUCCAUCCAUCAUCGAUCAUCUAAAGGGAAAGGUUGCAUUCUGGGAUGCGCACCUCUAUUGCAUAAGUGGUUUAUUUCACACUUACCUCGUUCCACAAUCAAGAACGAAGAGGGUUUGACUUGGGUUCAGAGAAUUAUGAAGCUUUCUUAUGACGACAUCAGUUGGAGUCAAAAGGAGUUUAAGGGAGUCCAAUUGUUUGAUCGUUGCGAAGAAUUCCCUAAUGUACCUCUUCUUGGUACUCGAGGGGGAAUUUCUUAUAAUCCUAUCCUUGCUCGACAUCAGUUUGGUUUCGCUUUGAAAGAUAAGCCACGCUCCAUAUAUCUCAGUGCAGAAGAUUUCGACUAUAAUUCAGAUACUACCGGGAAGAAAAGACUUUUCAUUAGAGCAUGGUCUAUGGUAAAGAAGGUCAAUAUAGGAGAGCUGGGAAGUAGGAAUUAUACCCCUUCAGAUCUUUACUUCAAAUGGAUUUACGACCGAGUUGUUGAAUUUGGGAUACCAUACCCAUCUGAUACACCUGUGGUCCCAAGAAUCACUCCCCCUGCUGCUCUAAUUGUGUUUGAGCCAUAUGUUCUUUCCCCGGACGAAGACCUUAUCGCAACUGUCAACCAAUUGAAGAGAGAAAGAGAUGACUACGAGAGACGCUUGCAAAAGGCUGAAGCUGAAAAAGAAGCAUUAAUAGCCGAUGUUAAAGAGAAAGAGGGUUUGCUCGACUACUUUUCCCGCAAGUGGAAGGUUGAAGAUUUCGUCCCCCCAGAUCAGAUUAACUCAUGGGAGCAAGAGAUUUCUAAACUUGUUCAAGAACGGGAAGAAAUGAUCAAGAGCCACAGGGAAGAAGUCAGAAUCUUGAAGAGGAAGCGCCACCUAGAAGACAGAGAUCCUAGAAAUUAG